ACGAUGGGUCACGACAAAAACAUACCCUUGUGUUUUGGCUGAUUUUGGCUGGUUUUGGCUCAAUUUCAAGGACAAUGAUCCGAACUAGGAGGGGAACCUUGUGUAUUUUGGAAACCUCUGUUACGUUCGUCGUUGUGUGAAGCAAUAGCUAUGUUUUAUGUCCCAAGUGGUACCCCAAGCACGGGUAGCAGUGACAGUGGAGAUGGCGCCCCCCUCGCGAGCGCUUCCAGAAACCUUGCUAGCCUGUUGGACGAGCAGCGCAAGAGAGGGAUCGGUGCUGCUUUACUUACAAUCACAGUUGUUGAAGGGCGAAACCUCCCUGUCAUGGAUCCAACAGGCAAGUCUGAUCCAUACUGUGUAGUGAUUGUCGGAAAUCAAGAACAGCGCACUGUUGUACAGUAUAGCACUGUCUGCCCAACUUGGCAUGAGACACUGCAGUUUGAAGUCAGUGGUGUGCCCCAACUGAUGCAGAAUGAACCUGUUGAGAAUGCAAUCAGCUGCUGCCUUCAGCACUAUAUACAGAUUGAUGUGUGGGAUUAUGACACACUGAAUCGUGACGACUUCAUGGGACGAGUUCAAAUCCCACUCUCUCUCCUGUCAGAAGAAACCACUGCUCGUUGGUAUCCCCUGGGAAGAGGAUCAGCUAAAGACAAUGUACAUGGUGAAAUAUUUUUGGAAUUAACCCUAACGGCCUCACAGCCUGUACCAAAAUGGUGUGUAGACUAUGAGCUGUAUUCUCUUUGCAAGAAGAAACCUGGAUUUGAGAUCCCAGUUGCAUUUGGAGAUUCUGUGGUUGAUUUGCCAGGCGAGGCCGAAAGAGUAGAGAUGGUGAUUGAUGAUGUGGUAGUUGAAGUCAGUAAACACAGAGGUAUUGGGAGAAUGUACCUCACAAAUUUUAGACUUGUCAUUCUCUGUCACCUAUCAGGUCUUACAGCAGCAGGCUAUGCAUAUGAUAUGUCCAUGUCAGUUGCACUCAACAAUAUUCAGUCAGUUGACAGAGGAGAAGAUGAAAAGGUUGUCUCCAGGACUGUAAGAGGCAAUGCUGGCUUCUCUGAUGUGAAGACUCUGACGGUGCGUUGUUGGGACUUCCGCACAAUCCGCUUGAUCUUCAUGAACAAGCCUCAAUAUUUGCACAGCUUCUAUAUGCCGCCUGAUCCUGGGAGCAUGCAGUCCAGUCCAGAUUCCAUUCUUGCUUCUCUGCAACCUGGCAGUCAGGAUGGUACAAAGGAACCAAGUCUGCAGUCAAUAGGUUCUGAGGGGGACGGGGGUGAAGGAAGACAGCCUCUAAGCCAACCCCAGGUAACAGACCCUCCCUCUGCAAAUGACUCCACAGAUAACAUCACACGUCAGAGCAGCUGCAGUAGUUUCCAGAUUUUAUCACGCAGCAGCAGCAGUAGCAGCGUUGCAGGUGUGAGCUCACACGGGUCAGAUGGCCCCCAGCUUGUUCCCCAGGGUACUUCAGGAGUCCUUGGGGCAGGAUUACUGGCUGCUUCAUUUGGUGGAGGAGUGCCAAUAAACAAUGCCGUUGAGAGACUAAAGACUGAGCUGAUACCAGCAUCCAUAUUUUUGAAUUUAUACAUCGGUGUAUUUUAUCAGAGAUUGGAAUUCCUGGCCAUGAAUGCUGUUGAUAAUCCUCCAUCUGUACACUUUGUAAGAGCAUUGCCAAGAGACACUGAACUAAGUGGAUGGAGUGUGUAUGAUUUUCAUGAAGAGUUUGCCAGGCAACAGGUUUCUGACAAGUGGCGUGUGAGUAUGAUCAACCAGGCAUUCCUUCUUUGUAGUUCCUACCCUCCACUGUUUUAUGUUCCUGCUGAAAUACAGGACUCUACUUUAAAAGAGUGUGCUGCAUUUAGAAGCAAGGGUCGUCUUCCAGUCUUGUGCUGGUACAAUGUCAAGAAAGAAAAUUUCAUCAUGCGUUGUGCACAGCCAAAGACUGGUCCUGCUUUCAAGAACUCUGUCGACGACGAAUUUGUCAUUAGCACUGCUAGGAAGUGUAAUAAAUGUACAGACAAGCUUGUUAUUUUUGAUGCAAGAUCCAUGUUUGCAGCGGGAGGAAAUAUGCUUAAGGGCAAGGGAACAGAGGACACUAUAAACCGUUACCAAGGUUGCCAGCUGUUGUUUCUCGAUAUUCCAAAUAUUCACGCUGUACGGGACAGCUUGUACAGACUGCAGGGCGUCUGUGAAUCUUCAGCGCAGAAGAAAUGGCUGUCACAUCUAGAGUCGACCCAGUGGCUUGCGUACAUCACAUCUAUCCUAAAGGGCGCUGUGACGAUUGCUCGGUUUGUUGAUAAAGGUGCCGCUGCCCUGGUGCACUGCAGUGACGGCUGGGAUCGAACGUCACAGCUGACGUCACUAGCUCAGCUGCUGCUGGACCCGUUUUAUAGAACGAUAACAGGAUUACAGGUUCUCAUAGAAAAAGAGUGGAUAUCAUUUGGUCAUCGUUUCCGCGACAGACUGGGCCAUCUGUCUUGUCCCAGUCAGCGGUCACCUGUGUUUUUACAGUUCUUGGACUGUGUGUGGCAGAUUGUACAACAGUUCCCCAGCGCUUUUGAAUUUACUCCAGUAUAUUUAGUUAGAAUAGCAGAACAAGUUAAUUCGCAAUGGUUUGGAAACUUUCUUUGUAAUAACGUGAACGAGAGACAAAAGCAUUCGGUUCCAACUCUGACCGUAUCUCUGUGGGCUCACUUGAAAGCAGAUGAAGAAAGCUUCAGGAAUCCAACCUACAGAAAGUACACAGAGACGUUAUUUCCCGUGUCAAACCCAAGAAGGCUUCAGUUGUGGGUGGAUUACUUCUUAAGAUUCGACGAGACUGCUUGGUCAACUCAGGACCCCACCAUUCAGGACGAUGACGGCGAUGCGGAGCCGGUGGUUACCAAGCCGCUGGAUUCAGUUAUUUGGGUCCCGGAUGAUAGAGCGCGGGAAUGCGCGGACUGUAAACAGAGAUUUACACAAUUCAGAAGAAAGCAUCAUUGCAGAGCGUGUGGUCAAGUGUUCUGCAGUGAAUGUUCAAAACAGAGAAUCCCUCUUCCUCAGUUUGGUUACAUGAACCCUGAAAGAGUGUGCGAGAACUGCUUUCAACACAACAGCAUCAGACAAGUCGACGAAGAGGACGAAGAUGAGUUUGAAGUGAUCACGCUCCCGACUUUUUCAAUGUAAUGUUGAAUUAAGGCGAAGACAUUUUGCUCAAACAACGCUCCUGCAAUAACCAAGAUAUUUCAAGGAAAAUAUUCAACGCUUGUGCUACUGGCUGGAGAAGGCGAACAAUCUUGACAAAAGAAAAAGUUCGAACAAGAAAUGUUAUCAUACAGCUUGGAUUUGUCGGUGAAAGGUGUUCUUUAGUGGUUGCCAGUUAUUUACCCGUGAAAAAGUUCCUCGUGGAACAAUUUGCGUGGUAAUGUAAGCAAAAUUCUAUGCUUUUACCAGAAAGGCUUGUGCAAUUAUUUUUAACAAUGAUAAAUAUACCGCGCGGUUUGAUUAGUGUAAAGAAACAUUGAAUGGUUUUCUAUUUUUGAGUUAUUUUUUAAACGAAACAGAGUAAACCUUUGAACAUUUUAUCCGCGUUUCCUAAAGUAGAGAUACGGUAACGAAAGUUUGGUAGAGCUGGAAUCAUCAGAUAAUGGAGUAAUCACUCGUAGUAUUUCGGUAGUUGUACGAGUCGCUCGCUAUUUUGGCGUUAAAAAUGACUUGUAGAAAUGUGCAGCGAUGCUAGCUAUGCGCUAAAAUGUUUUUCCUUAAAACAAACUUUAACUUCUAACCGUAACGCCACUUUGCUUAGUUCCUGGAUCUUGAUAUUUCGUCUCGGUCAAUCUUUCUCGGAUCACGUGGUCCGGCCGUAUGUCUCGGAUACGUCACCGAAAUCAAUUGACCGUGAAGGCCUGGGAGAAGGCCGUACAGGAACUAGCCAAGUAGCCACUUAUAGCUUGUCACGCACUCCUCAGGAAAGAUUGCGUGACGAGCCUGAAGAGAGUCUGCGUAAGAGGAAAACUACAAGGACUGCAACUGACCUGUUAAACCGGUUUCCAAGGGUACAAAUAUCGUGAGAAAUUUGUACUCUGGGGAGUGGAGUUGGUUUAUGAUCCUUGUUCCCCCAAACCUCCACGUGUGUUGCUGUAACUCUAUAAACGCACGAAAAUUACGUUUUAUUUCUCAGAUGUAAAGUAUUUAUAAAAUGUACGAUUAUUAAAGUGUGUAGAAUUGUAAAAUUUAUUGUAAAUGUAUGAUAGGAAUAUGUUUAUUAGGGUUUGAAUUAAUUAAAUCAUGUACAGCAUAAAA